AUGCGGGAGGCAUUCGUGGGUGGGAGUUGGCGUUACUUCUCCUUGCCUAUUCUCGAGUGUUCGUCUUCAUCUCUAUCUGUCUACCUUUGUGUUGCUGGUGGGCUGUGGGAGGUAGGUGAGCGCUCACAAGAGAAACUUUGCCCAAGGGUGUCGGCGACGGUGACGGUGAUGCUCUUCAGUGUCGUUCCCCUUCUUGGAGGCGUCACCUGGGAUAUUCUCCUCCUCCUUGGGCUCGAGAUGUUUAUUCUUGAACAACAGUGUGCAAUGUGGGACCACAUCAGCAGCAAGCCGCCGGCGCGCACGGGCGCCAUCUACGAGCCGCAACACCGGCAGCCGCUGCCCGCGGGAGCCCUGGCGGCAUUCGUCGCAUGCGUUUGGCCGUACCUCGUGCUUGCAUGGAACACCUUGGUGGACGUCAUCUUCUUUGCUGCGACGAUUGUGUUUCUGAGAGACCCGAACACGCUCUUCAGACGCGCGGACAGUGAAAUUACGUUGAACCCCCGCAGGCGCUUCGUGCACCGGAGCCUUAGCUUGGACGACGUCAAGUUCAUCAAGAAUGCCAUGAACUGCACUGUUAAUGAUGUGCUAGUCGGAGUCACUUCUGCUGCUCUAUCACAAUAUUACUUUCGUAAGUCUGGUAAGAGAUGUACAUUCUGACAAUUUGUUGUUUUUACUGUACAUGUUUGUGC